GAAACUAAUGUGUUAUUAAAAUGGAUCUAUGUAAGCUGUCCUUUGUGUUACUAAACAUUGGCUUGAUUUUCGGAGUUGAGGAUUUGUGCUUUUUAGAGGACGGUGGCUCAACUAUUAGUUUUCUCGUCGAAGAAAAUUUACCCGUCAAUGGGAGCCUGGGGAAACUGAAAAUUAAAGGCGAAGUGAACAAAAAUAUCUACCUAAGCCUGGCUCCUCAGAAUAUUCUAGAACUAAAUAUAGAAAAUGGCGUGGCGGAGUUGGUUCUAACAUCUCCCCUGGAUAAAGAAGGAGUGUCUGGUCCCUCCCACCUUACCACCAGUAUUCUUUGCCAGAGAUUAAACAGCGGGGAUCCAGGCUUCUCUAUUCCUAUUCACGUCAGAGUUAUAGAUGUGAACGACAACGCUCCUCAGUUUGUUGGGAUACCGUACACUGUUCAUCUUAGUGAACUAACACAGGUUGGAACCAUUCUUCCUGUAGACAUAUUCGCUGUUGAUGUUGAUCAACCUGGACCCUUUUCUACUGUAGAAUAUAUGAUUCCUGACGGACCUUUCUCAGACUUUGUUAUCUUUGAGAACCCAAUGGAAGGGAAGCUGACUUUAAGGAAGGAUUUGGACUAUGAAAAACUGAACAGGUUUAUGGUGAAGAUACGUGCCUGGGAUCAGGGUUCUCCAAGACAAGUUUCUGAAACAGAUUUGGAAUUACUUGUUCUCGAUGCCGAUGACAGAAACCCAGGAUUUGGAUAUGAAGGAUACACGACUGUUGUACAGGAUAAUUUAGCUGUUGGAGAGGAGUUAUGUAUAGAACCGGAUAGGAUAAAGGCUGUCGAUCAAGAUAUUGGACUGAAUGCAACUUUAUUCUAUUCCUUCUCAGGAUCAUCUAGAGAUUAUGAUGCAUUCAAUAUAGACAGACUAUCUGGCGUUGUAUCCCUGAACAGAAGACUGAAAGACCAGGAGUUGACCCUACCAGCUACACUUAUAAUUAAAGCUACACAGAUCAAUAAUCAUGAUAGAUAUGCAGUCACUACUCUAACAGUUAAUAGGUUGUCUCAAGAGGAAGGAAAAGUAAAAUUUCUUCAAGAUGUUUACUCAGUGCAGUUUAAGUUUCCAGAAUACGAUUUCUCUGUAUCAGAUUCCACUUUGAAGAAAGGGGAUACAAUAGGAUCCGUACAGACAUAUGACGGGGACAAAAAUGAUGUUGUAAAUCUCACCAUGAAAGGAGAACAUGCUAAAUAUUUUAGUAUAACCUCAAAAGGCGAUAUAGUUGUAUCGGACACAGCAGUGAAUAACAUUUCAGAAGCACAUUUUGUUGUUAUUGCUGAGGAUUCAGGGUCUCCAUCAAGGCGAGCCUCAGUUCCUGUAGUUGUUAGAUUUACCAGUGUAUCUAGAAGUGUAGAACUGCAAGAGAAGUCUGGUUCUCCAAGUUUAGUUCUUGUUCUCUCCUUGAGCUUGAUAUUAGUAGCAGCUGUUCUUGUCAUUGUGACUCUCAUCAUCUACAUUUUCUCAAGGAAGAAAGGUGAGAUAAGAACUAUAAAUGAUAGAAAAUCCGGAAGUAUGGUUUCAUCAGACAACAGCUUCACCACAGGGCAACCAUCAGAGAAAGGAUCUCCUGUGACCUUGAAAUCUCAGUUUGAUUUCUCUAUCUCCGACGAUCAGCAGAUACCAGAAUAUGAUCAUAGAUCCAGGGCAAAGUCUAAUCCUAAUCUAACAGACUAUACUGAAUCUGAAGUUGUUAUCUCUGUCAAUAGAUUAAAUAAUUCAAGGACAAUGUCCCCAGAAAGAAGACCACAGUCAGCCUUUUCUUUUAGGACAGAACUAGAAAAUCAUCCAGAAACAGUGCAACAACGUAGCUAUAGUUCAAGAUAUAAGAAGAACCCUGCUCGGUCUUCUAGCAAAGAAGAGAGAUUUACUCCGGCCAGAGAAGAAUAUCAUUCUCGUUUACAAGAUAAUUGUUGCAACAGCCCACCAAUCUCUACUUGUUGCACCAGUUUACCGAACACUCCAAACAAAGAGCAGGGUCACGUGACCAUGAGCUGUGGUUGCUGCCGGGCAGAAGAGGAUGAAUGUUGUAGACAUGCAGAGCCCCCCCGGGGUGGAUAUCCUACCAGAAGUGGUUGGCCCCAGGGAUCUAUUCCCAGAAAGAUAAAGAAACUUUAUUCAAACGAAGAACUUCUUCCAGGAGGGAGUUUGUCCAGCAUUCAUUCUGCAGGAAGAUACAGUUUGGUUGAUCUUCAAACAGGAUUAGUUCCUCUUACACUACCCAACACUUCUAGUAUACCAGAUAUAGUUUAGUGUUCCUUGUAUACACUACCUAGAACUUCUAGUAUACCAGAUAUAGUUUAGUGUUCCUUGUAUACACUACCUAGAACUUCUAGUAUACCAGAUAUAGUUUAGUGUUCCUUGUAUACACU